ACAUUCCUUUUUUAUCUUUAACUCGACAGAGGUAGUUUACUGAAACUUACGCUACCUUCAACCAUUUACACCAGAGUAAUCGCACUAGUUUGUAAAUAAAGAGUGUGAGUCAUUCAACGCAAUCCUAAAUUUAAUUCCAAUUAGAGUUAAAUUAGUGAAACGAAAAAAUAGUAGGAGUUACAUCAUCCUUUUUUUCCGCCGCCCUUUUUUCCCUCCCGUUUAAAAAUUCUCCAUACAAAGGCUUGUUUAGAAAGUCGUUGAAACAAGCAACUGCCAACCAUCCUAACCCAGCCUUGCAGUCGUAGUAGCACACUACCUUAUAUAUUUAUACACCACAACCAUGGCAGCAAGCUUAAGGGAAGUGAAGCUUCAUACUACCGCCAAACGGAAGCUAAACGAAUUGGAAGAUAUUUCUAAUAUUCACACUACCCCUAAACAAGUGAAAAAUCACCAUCACAAGAAGCAACGAGUGACGUUCAACACCAAUGAAAAACCACUCACCAGACAUAGCCUUAGACAGCAACAACAACAAGAGCUUAAGCAACACAAGAUAACUGCAUCGGUUAUAAUUCCUCAACAGCAGAGAUCCCCAUCCCCUAGCGAAGGUAGUUCGCCACCUGCAGCACCAGAAAUAACCCGUUCUAAGUCUGUAUCUUUUGACUUGAGUAACAACUCCCCUUUAUUGACACCUAAGGACGAGGAAGAAGAAGAAGAAGAGGAAUACAAUGUCAGUGAAGAUGUUUAUAGUGAUGAAGGAAGUUCUUCGUCGGUACCUUCUACCCCUGCAACCCCACCUGGCUCUACAACUUCAAUUGAUGAUCACCCUGAAGUUGAAGAGAAACAUUCAUUUGCAAGCGAAAGAAACCAUGAACCCACUAUCGGUUUGGAUACAAAUGCCGAUUACAUCGCAUUAACAUCUUGUUUAAGAUUGGCUACAAAUAAUAGAAACAAAAUUACACAAGAAAUUGUCGAAUUAUCCCAAUUACAACAAUACCACUCCCAGAACGAAAAUAAAGAAGAAACAAUUGAAUUCUUUCUUAAACUAAUGAAUAACGACUUGAAUUUGCCAAAACCAAAUAAAACUAUAAAGUGUCCUAUCAUAAAUUGGGGCAAAUAUCAUCCAGCAUUGACUAAUGUAUCCAAAAAGUUUGAAAAUUGUGAUCAAUUUAAAAAGGAAGAUUUGGAUGAUUCCGUGUACAAAUCACUUAACUUGUUUAAAAAUUUGAAAUAAAUUAUGUUUUCCUUUCUUUCUUUGUCAUCUUCAUAUUGGCUAAUUAUAGAGAAAUUGAUAAGAAAAAUCAAAAUACGGUUUACAAAAACGUCAUCAAAGUGUUCUACAACGUAUGUACUUAAUCAUCCUAGACUGCAGACGCACACCAUUCACAAGUAUCACUUUGUUUAAUCCUUUUGUUUUUUUUUAUUAUUAUUUCUUAAUUUUGUUUGUUUUUUUAAUUAUUGGGUAAAUUAUGUUGGUGGUUUUUAAAUAUUGUUGAUUUUGUUUUAGCUUCAUCUUUUGAUAUGUAUGUUUAUGCUUGUUUGGUGGUUGUAUGGUGGUUGUUUUUGAUAUUAGCUUAUGAUGUAUAAAAAAAAGAUUUCUUCUUCUAUAUAGAAUUUCAAUGUAUAGUAGGUAUAUUAAAUUUAAAUAUUCUUCUUUCAUAUAAACGUACUUAAAUAAAAAAAAAAAACCAGACACUUAAGUCUUUGAAGGAGGAACUGGAGCAGUUUCAGCAGCAGCAACAGCAUCGUCACCUUCAUCUUCACUAUCAGUAACCAAGAAAGCAUCCGAACUAGCAGGAACUUCUGAUUCCAAAGGUUGCCAUUUCUUACCAGCUUCAUUUUCUGGUUGUGGAAUCUUUCCUUCAGUACUUGGUCUAGCUGGCUUGGGUGGAGCAUGCUCAUCUCCUUCAUCAUUAUUGCUCAAUUGAAUCUUGUCAUGAAAGUCAUUAGUGAGAAUCUCUGGAUCUUCGUCAAAUUUAGUUGUUCUUCUUCUAUUCUCAAAUGAGGAACCUCCCAAUGCACCAAACAAUUUAGGAUUUUCCUUGCUAGGAACCUUUGGUGGGGCGGAAUUAGUUACACCAUCAAUCUUCUUGGCAAUUCCACUAACCCAACCAUUAAGAGUAGUUCUUGCUUCUUCUAAUCCUUGGGAAAACGUUUCUUUAAUUUGCUCAAAUUCAUCUGGACUGUCAUCAAAGUCUUCUGAAUGUCUUCUUGAUUGCUUUGGUUGAGGGUGGCUGCCUUUCCUACGGGCUGCACGUCUUCUUCUAUCAUCUUCCAAUUCAAAUUCCUUUUGCAAUUUCCUAGCCAACAAUUCGUCAUCAGUUAAUGUCUUAGUUGUAUCAACAGAUUUGGUAGUACUAGAACUAGUUUGAGGAGCAGGAAUUUCUGGCUUGAAUGAAGGGUCAGAGAUAUAUAAGAGCGCAUUGAAUGCAGGAUCAGGGUUACCUUGAGAAGCAAUUAAACAAGCAGUAAUGAUUUUAUCUUCUAUGUUAGGGAAAGCAUCCUUUAAAUCUUUGGUUAUUUGUUCAAUUGGAUCAACUGGUCUUGGUGGUUGAACAGGAGCUUGUUCUUCUGAUUCAUUGAUUGGAACUUCUUCAGUGCUAUCAUGCUUCUCUUUGGCAACAUCAGUUUUUGGAAUCGGAGAUUCCUUCUUUGCUGGCACUGGAGACUCUUUCUUUGCAGGAGUUUCAUCAAUUGAUUCAACUGGCUCAGAUGAAAUCACAUUCAAUUUUUCGUUUUUCUUGCUCAUGGUGAUAUAUUACUUGGUUAUAAAGAGGCUGGUUGUAAAAUCUUCAUGUG